AUGGAUCCCGAAAGGCAACAUCUGCUUCGGCCGGGACAGGAUGGCGAAGAGAUUAAAAUCAUUUAUGGCCCGGAUUCCAUCGCAUUCCCUGCAUCCUUGCACGGCAAGGUGCCGCCGGACAGGUUCUACCACACAAUGCAGCGCUUGAACGAGACCUAUGGCCCCAUGUCACGCUGGACCAAGUUCUUCAUCAUCGCCCUCAUCCUGCUCUUCGUUGGCAUUCUGAUGCCGUUCGCUAUGCUGCGGUGGUUCACGCCGCGACACUUUGAGGUCAAGAUGUGGAUCCCCAUCGACGGCAUUCUCAUCGCCGUCAAUGUGGGGCUGGGUCUUCUCCUGUACAUCAGAAGUCGUCGGAUCCGGUCGGAGUUGGCCAAGAUCGUGAAGAAGGAGAACAAGGUGUGCUACCACCGGACCGGCGUGCACCUGCGCUUCGAGCCCGGCGGCAUGGCGACUCGGCCCUCCAUCGUCAUCGAACACACCGCGACUACCGCUUCCGACCACGCUGCCUAUGGGUCGUACCAGGAGCGCCAGGCGCCGCCGUCGGUGCAUCGCGGGCGUGCGCCUCCCCAGUCGUCGCGGAUGCCGUCGACGCGACUGCCAUCGCCGCCGCCCUUCCGCCAACAGCACUCCUUCUACGAGCUGCAGCAACAAAACGCGUCGCCGAUGCCACAACAGCAGCCACGGGCUCAGUCGCCGCCUCCGCCGCAACAGCAACAGCAGCAGCAGCCAGAGUUUCGUUCACCUCCGAUCUCGCCGCGCGGCUACCCGCCACAGCGUCAGCAGCCGCCGCCGGCGUCGGCCGAGUUUCAAUCCGGUGGGCCGAUGUCGCCGCGUGGCUAUCAGCAGCAGCACCAGCAGCCCAACCAGCGACAGCCAUCACCGCCCAUGUCACCGCGCUACCAGCAGCAGCAACAGUACGCCGGCGGACCGCCCCCGCCGUCCGGCAACUACGCGCCGCAAGCCUCAGCUCCGCCGCCGUCGUCAUACAGGCCGCAGCCGCCGUCGCCCGGCGGCGGCAGCUUCGAGGGUUCGCCCUUGACCGGCCACCUGGCCACUGAGUUCACGUCGGUGCCCGUGCGCGACUCGCCGUCGCAGCGACAGCACUACGACCCGACCGAGGGCCACUACUCCCCGUCGCCUUCGCCCACGCCCAAGAAGCGGUCGUUGGCCCCCGCUGCUGGGUCUGCCCAGAACCCUCCCUACUCCCCCGCACGUCAACAACAACCACCACAGCAGCAGCAGCACUACCAGCAACAGCAUCAGCAACAGUUCUAUUCGCCACACCAGGGCGAUCCGCGACAAGCGGCCUCGCCGCGAUCAUCGGCUCCCUAUGGUCAAGCGCGAGCAUUCUAA